AUGAGAAUUAAGUUAAUAGAGGCCGUGCUGGCGGUUCUCCCACCAAGCUUCUCAGCGCAUUCCGCCCUGAUCGUUGCCUCAGGUGGACUCGCAUCCGUUAGCGCAAAACCAGAUGGUGUUCAUGGACUGGUGGGACUCAUUUACACGAAAAGCGCCCCUGUUUAUUCUUUCCCUUCCGCCCUGCUCAGUGAAUCAGGUGGACUCACAUCCGUUCGCGCUGGACUAGAUGGUGUUCAUGGACUGGCGGGACUCACUCGCACAAGAAGUGUGCCCCUCUCUGUCCGUCGCAUUCCCCCCUGCUUCUUGCCUCAGGUGGACUCACAUCCGUUCGAGCUGGACCAGAUGGUGUUCAUGGACUGGCGGGACUCGCAUCUCGCCCCAGGCACGCCCAUGCACAAAAGCAACGCCGACCUUCCCACGUUCCUCUACGCCAUGCCCCUCUCCCCGACCACCGUCUUUCUAGAGGAGACGUCGCUAGUGGCGCGGCCCGCCGUGGCGUUUGACGAGAUCCAAAGGCGCCUGGAAAAGCGCCUGGCACACCUGGGGAUUAAAGUGAACGCCAUCACCGAGCAAGAGUAUUGCCUCAUUCCCAUGGGUGGCGUGCUGCCAGACAUGCCACAACGCGUGCUGGGGAUAGGUGGUACAGCGGGCAUGGUCCAUCCCUCCACUGGCUACAUGGUGGCGCGGACGCUGGCAGCAGCACCAGUGGUGGCAGCGGCAAUAGUCAAGCAGCUGGAGCGGGAGGGGCGGGAGCAGGGCGAGCGGAGGGGUGGCGACAGCUUGUCAGCAAGCGUGUGGGAGGACGUGUGGCCGCUGUGGCGCAAGGAGCAGCGCGAGUUCUUCUGCUUCGGCAUGGACGUGCUGCUCAGGCUGGACCUAGCAGGCAACCGGCGGUUCUUUGAUGCAUUCUUUGACCUCACGCCCUACCAGUGGCACGGCUUCCUCUCCUCUCGCCUCAACAUCGUGGAGCUCAUCUCAUUUGGUCUCUCGCUAUUCAAGCACGCCUCCAACCCAGCGCGGAUUGAGAUCAUGGCCAAGGGACUGCCUGGGCUUGGCACACUCAUUCAAAAUGUCGUCAAGAUGCGCGUUUAG